CUGAGGGGUCCGCAAAAUCCCCUCGCAUUACUUCUUUUAGGACAAUGGUAGAUUGGUAAUCUCCUAUUUAUAUAGGGGCUCAGCACGGCGUUACAAUCGCACGCACGAUCUCCGGACUUACCGGAUUGGGCAGGUCCGCACACCGCUGAACUGUGGACUUUUGUCACUGAGAAACUCAACCUACUAUUUACCAAACAAGAAAAGCAUGAAGAGAAUCAGGUUCCUAGGGGACCACGGAAAUGGGAAUGGGGCGAAACGUAGUCAAGUGCGGCGAGCUUGUGAUGCUUGCAGGAAAGGAAAACGCAAGUGUCGCCAUGUUCCCGAAGGAACCUCGGUGCAAUCGGAGGAGGAUAUGGUUAACGAAACAAUGAUUGCGGAGGUCCUACUCGAUGACCGCAACCCUCCAGAACCUGAGACUUACCAACUACCAGACCUACCGAACUUCAAGGGGACAUAUGGGGAAAACCAACAAUCCUCCCUCGUAUCAUCGCCAAGACCGGUACUCCCUUUCACUGGCCCUUCGUCAGCACGCUCUCUUCUCCUAUCUGCUUAUGUCGCCCCUAAUACAGUGGGACCUAGCCCUGUAGAAAUGGACGGGGCAUACAAUCUCCCGCACUCUCGUCUCUUACGCCCUUCCUUCCAGGACAUGAGAGCACCUGCCUCUGAGCGUCGACCCGGAGUAAGACCUGGUUACCUUCCUAUGGUAGUGCGAGCAGUGCUACCGUAUCUAGAGAUCGAAUGCCUCCAAGUCCUUCCUCCUCAGCCUGACCUUGAUGCCCUAAUACAGAUUUUCAAAGAGGAAGUCCACCCUAUUCUGCCUAUAGUGGACUUCAGCACACGGGCGCUUACGGAACCCGCAAAUCGAGAAAACCCGGCGAGCAUCGUUCUGAGGCAGGCUAUAUGCUUAGCUGCUUGCAAAAAUGACUCGGCUAGACAGCAUCUCCAUCUUCCCGAUUGCGAAGAAGCACCGACUCCCUCGUAUACGCCGCGAUUAUUUGCUGAUAGACUCUUCGGCGUUCUGAAGAUCGCCCAAGACAUCGGUCUCGUCGAUGAUAGGCUGGAACUGAUCCAAGUCCUCGCGCUGAUGACCUUCCAUUCCUAUGGCAUUGAUGGCGAUGACGAAGUUGCUCGAUUAUGCGGUCAAUCCGUACACUACGCCUUCUCCGUCGGCCUGCAUUACCCUUCGCGACCAGAAGAUCCUAUUCCAGAAAUACGGCGUGUCGAACUACUUUGCUCCCUUUUUGCCCUCGACAAGAUCGUCGCCGUAAUAACCGGCCGACCGGCAAUGAUUCGAAGUAACGAGAUUUGCCUGCCAGCCCACAAUGACGAUGUACUAAAGAGUAUUUCUCCCGGUCUCGCAUUGCUAUAUCGACUUUGUCAGAUGCUAGACCGCGUCCUAGACCUUUAUCGAGCCCGGGCACCCGAUGAAUUAGCAAGAGAAGAUUGUAUCUGGGAAGCGUCAUGGCCCGAAUUUGACGACCUAGCCAGGGAAUGUAACAUCCAAGUCCUUCAACCGUCACUACAAGCUUGCCUAGAACUUUUCUACCACACCAUAGGCAUUAUAUCCUACCGACCACCCCAAGCUCCAAUCGGCGAAGAGCGCACUUCCGAAACCACACCCCUCCCGACGAUACAGAGUGCCAAAAUCAGGAAUAAGUACUGCGCUCAAAAGAUAUUGCUUCUCCUUAGCAUGGGAACGUCCAAAUUCCCUUUCGUCCCAUACGCAGCGUCACUCUCCUUAACGGUAACUCUUCGAAAUAUGCAACAAACCACAUUGGAGAGUACGAGGAUGAUGGCUAAGAAGGACGUGGAAACGAAUAUCAAUCUCCUCGAGGGAUUGAUUGACAUGUAUUGGCAUGCGGAAUCGGCGGCCACGAUUGCUCGCCAGAUAUUCCAGACACUUCCAUAAUAUCGAAUAUCCGAUUUGAAGCUUUUAUCAGUGCUUACUAAGGUUGCAAGAUGGGAUUAUCGUUAAAUAUAGGGCAAUUCCGCUAAAUCCUAUGUCAUAACUGUAUCUCAUGUACGCCAUCGUAGAGUCAUCCAAUGA